CAUUCUUUUUUCUUCAUGCCGUUUCACCAACUUCAAGGUGAAGCUUGAAUCAAGACUUCAGUCAGGCAUCCUGAUGAUAGUUCAGAGCAUCCAUGCCACUUCACCUUCACAGAGCCUCUCGCUCUGCAGUGUUCCGACUGACUUAGGUGGUAGAAUGCCAUAAUUCGAUUGAGUUCCCAUCGCGUUACCUCCAUUUUCACUCCCCUGUUUCGGCUUUCAAGUCCACUGGCAGGACAUGCGUGAUGUGUCAGAAACAGUUCGCUGCGCUAUGGCUCCGUGCGUAGUCAUCUAAGCACGCUGAUCCUGCAGAAAACAGUCAUUUGUCUAAACGCAGUUUUCGAUCAAGAAACCGUUCGCGAUGUCAGGGGGUGAUCUCGACUCCGACGAGUCAGCAGCCCGCGAUUUUUUCAGCAGGGAUGGAAAGGGGUUCCCCACAGCAGGACCUUCUCCCGAGCUCUCGGCGUCAUGGCCGAGCUUUCUCUUCUGGUCCUGGAUCGCGCCGUUCAUGCACUACGGCUACCGCAAAGUCGUCCAGGAAGACGACCUGUACGACUUGAAUCCCGUGGAGUCGACGCGGCACAGCGUGGACUGCUGGGAUCAGGCGUGGCGAACGGAGCUCGAGCGCGAGAAGCGGGACGCGGAAAAGAUGCGAUUGCGUCAGGGAUGUGAGGAGGAGGGGACGACGAGCGGGGGGAGGGGGGUGGGGCGAGUGUGGAGGGUGCUGGUUCGAGCAUUCGGCCGCUACUACUUCGUCGCUGCCAUUUGGAAGCCAAUUUGGCUCGCCGCCGUCUGCACCCAGGUUUACGUGUUGAAGCAGCUGGUGGGAGCGGCGGCGGCGCCAGAGCCGCCAGCAGCGUGGAGGGCGGCGCUGUUGGUGGUGGGCAUGGCGCUGACUUCCGUGCUGCAGAGCGUGUGUAUGCACCACUGCUUCACACGCUCGCAGAAAGCCGGCAUGCGUGUGCGCGCUUGCGUGUGCACGGUGGUAUACCACAAGGCGCUACGGAUGAAGCAGGUGGCUCUUGGGGAGGCAACAUCUGGUCGCAUGCUCAACCUCAUCACCAACGACACUCAGAAGCUCUUAGACGCCAUCACAUACUUCCACUAUGUGUGGCUGGCGGUGCUGGACCUGACUGUCAUCUGUGCGCUCGUCAUUGUGGAGGCUGGAGUGGCAGCUCUGGGGGGCGUGGCUGUCGUCUUCCUCAUCCAGCCACUCAUAGUGUGGAUGGCUAAGAGGGUAGCCGCAUUGAGGCCCAAGGCGCUCAAGUUCACGGAUGCGCGGGUGCGCUUGCUGGGGGAGGUGCUAUCUGGGAUGCGCGUGGUGAAGGUCAAUGGCUGGACUGCCGCCUUCCUGGACCGCAUCCGCGCACUACGAGACAACGAGCUGCAGUGGCUGCGCCGGGCGGCGUACGUGCGAUCCGUCAACUCCACGCUCAAGGACUCCGUCACCCCCCUGGCAUCCCUGGCCACCUUUGGCAUCUAUGUCGCGAUACAUGGGGACCUGCCCCCCCAAACAGCUUUCGCGGUGCUGGCGCUCUUCAGCAUUAUGGUCCGAAUCUUCUUCAUCGCCCCCACCGGCCUGCAGUUCGCUGGCGAGGCCGUCGUAGCUGUUGACCGGCUUGAAAAGUUUCUCGCGCUGCCCGAAGGGCAGGGCGGCUGCCUGGAAGAGAAGAGGCUGGAGCUGAAAGCAGAGGUGGAACCCGAGGGCAUAGUUGUGGCUCUCCAAGACGUGUCGUUUUCCUGGAAGCUGCCGUCCAGCGACCAGAAGGAGGCAGCAGGGGGGGAGAAGCGGCAAGGGGCGAGAGGGCUGUGGAGGAAGAGGGUUCUUGCACGGAAAUGGGGGAGGGCCGGUGGGGAGGAGGGUGGGAGCAGAGUAGAGGACACGGGGAAAGAGGAGACGAAUGGGGACGAGGCUACUGGGGACGUUCAGCCAGAAUGCAUGCAAGGAGUGGGCAAGGAGGGUGAUCAGGGAGGGGUGCUGAAUGAUCCACAAGAGCCUGCUGCUGCUGCUGCUGCUGCCAGAGCAGGUUUCUGCCUGCAGCGAGUGUGUCUGCGAGUGGAGAGAGGCGCGGUGGUGGCAGUGACAGGGGCUGUGGGCAGCGGCAAGUCAUCGCUCCUCCAGGCCAUUCUCGAGGAGAUGCAGUAUGUGGACGGCGCUAUGUAUGUCAGCAGCAGGGGGCACGUGGCAUAUGCAGCGCAGCAGCCGUGGAUUCUCAAUGCCACGGUCAUGGAGAACAUUCUGUUCGGGCAGCCAUUCGACGCGGGCAGGUACCAGGAGGUGGUACGGGCCUGCGCUCUCGAGCGUGACAUCGCUGCCCUGGCUGCCGGGCACCAGACAGAAAUCGGCGAGAGGGGCAUCAACCUGAGUGGGGGGCAGAAGGCGCGGAUAUCCCUCGCCAGAGCCUGCUACAGCAGCGCCCCCCUGGUGCUCCUAGACGACCCCCUGGCCGCAGUGGACGUGCCCACAGCCAAGCACCUCAUAGAGAACGUGCUUCAAGGGGGGGUCAUGCAGCGCGGUAACCGCACCGUCGUGCUCGUAACGCACAACCGCAGGUCGCUGGACGCGUGCUCGCAGGUGCUGCUGAUGACGCACGGACGGCUGGGAUUGGCCGGGAGCGAGGAGGAGUUGGCAGAGGUCGGGGCCAUCAGUGGGAGGACGAUGGCGCGGGUGCAGAGCAUUGAGGCCAUGGCUGCUGCUGCUGUGGAAGCUGUUCCUUCGGCUAGAUACGAGAGGGGGGGGGCUUGGGGGAGUGGGGAAAAUCUGGGAGGCUGGAAAGGGAAGAGCGUGGGGGAGGUUCUAGUUGGGGAGGAGGGAGAAGGAGAGGAGGAGGCAGUAGGGACUGGGGCUGGAAGGGAGGUGAUCCAAGGGGAAGGAGUGACUGGAGGGGAGAGGGACGGGGUGAUUGCAGGGAAGGAUGAGAGGGUGUCGACAGAGAGUAGGAGUGAUGGGCUUGAUGCUGUAGCCCCAUCACAGGCAGAAGCUGUUGGCAGGGGCAGAGAGGGUGGGGCACAUGAAGGGGCGGAGGCACUGGUAGAGGAUACGAGGAGGGGAGAGGUGAAGGAGAUGCAGGAGACGCAGGAGACGGAGGAUGCACAGGAGGCGCAGAAUGGAGCCGUGAGGCAGGGGGGGGUUGGGGUAGCUCAUGGUCCUGAGGCGCCUCAGAAGCAGACUGAGGACGAGACAUCUCAAGGACAGGACGGAGCCAUGGGGGAGGGGGUUACUGAGACGGGUGGUGUUGUGGCCCAGGGGGGAAAUGGUGCCUUAUGCCCGGGGGAGGAUGGAGUGGGGCAUGGCCUUAAGGCGGCAACGACAGAGAACGGUGCCCUGUGUCGGGGGGAGGAUGGGGCGUUGCGGUCGGUGCGGUGGACAGAGGGGCAGAUGGCGAAGAGGGCGCAGUGGGGGCAGAGCAGCACGGGGCGAGUGACUAUAAAGGAGGACAGGGUGGAGGGGCGGGUCACUCGUGCCACUUACAGUGCUUACAUCAGAGCAGGUGGAGGCUUUCUCCUCUUCGCCGCGCUGCUGCUGGCCUUCAUCGGCGCUCAGGCAGUGCGCACCUACGUGGACUUCUGGCUUGGCGUCUGGGUCGACCGCAAGUACUCGCUCUCCCCAGGCAUGUACGUAGGGCUGUACGCGGUGUUCACAGCGGGCGCCAUCCUGCUGUCGCUGCUGCGUGCCUUCUGGUUCACCCAAGCAGCGCUGGCAGCAGCGCGCCACAUGCACCACCACAUGGCCGUGUGCGUGCUGCGCUCACCGCUGCUCUUCUUCGAUCAGAACCCAGUGGGUCGCAUUCUGAAUCGCUUUAGCAAGGACCAGUCGUUGGUGGACGACCUCCUGCCCACCACCGUUCAGCAAACCCUGGAGCUCUUUCUGGGUUGUGCGGGCGCCAUAGCGGUGACAGCAGUGCUGGUGCCAUGGUUUCUGCUGGCGCUGCCCCCGCUGCUGCUGCUCUUCUUCCUGCUGCAGCAGCGCUACCUGCGCGUGUCCCGCGAGCUCAAGCGCAUAGACGGCCUCUCGCGCUCGCCCAUCUACGCCCACUUCUCGCAGUCGCUCCAGGGAGUGGUGUCGGUGCGAGCAUAUGGGGCAGCCCAUGCGUUUCUGCAGCACUUCGUGGCUCUGAUCGACGCCAACCACCGCGCCUACAUUCAGUUCGUGCACGCUGGCAGGUGGCUCGGGAUCCGACUGGACCUCUGCGCCUCUGCCCUCGUGACACUUGUUGCCAUCCUAGUGGUCGUGCUGCACGGCUCCCUGCCAGCAGGGUAUGCAGGAGUGAUUCUGGUGCAAUGCUUACAGCUCACAGGUCUCUUCCAGUACGCCAUACGGCAGGCAGCAGAGAGCGAGAACUACUUCACCUCGGUGGAGCGAAUCCACGCCUUCAUGCAGCUGCCCCCCGAGGCCAACCACCUCUCGCCACCUGGCGCUCUGCCGCCCGACUGGCCGCAGAAGGGGCGAAUAGAGUUCCGCCACGUGUGCAUGGCGUAUCGGGAGGACCUACCGUAUGCACUGAAUGAUCUCACCUUCACUGUGAACGGGGGCGAGAUGGUGGGCAUACUGGGGCGAACAGGCUCGGGCAAGUCCAGCCUGGCAGCCGUGCUCUUCCGAUUGGUGGAGAACAGUCGCAGCCGCGGCCACGUCAGCAUCGAUGGGUUGGAUCUCAGAGACGUGGGGCUGGACGACCUCAGACAGCGACUCUCCAUCAUACCCCAGGACCCUGUGCUCUUCCAGGGCUGUGUGCGGCAGAACCUGGACCCAUUUGGCCGCUACUCCGAUGCCGACAUGGUGGAUGCGCUCAGACGGGCCCAUCUCGCUCCCAGUUCUCAUGCCACACCCUCAGCAGCAGCAGCAGCAGGAGCAGUAGAAACCCCUCCUGCUCUGGGCAGCGGGAAAGCAGAUGAGGAAUGCAGGACUAACGGUGCAGGUGACGGAAACGCGGGUGAGCAUGACUCGUCCGCAUUGCUCAAUGGAUCCCCGCCCGAUGCUGCCUCGGCUGCAGCCACAAGGCUCCGUCCAGUGACUCUGGAUAUGGAGGUGUCUGAAAACGGGGAGAAUUUCAGUGUGGGUCAGCGGCAGCUGCUGUGUCUGGCCCGUGCCUUGCUGCGCCAAUCCCGAGUGGUGGUGCUAGAUGAAGCAACUGCAGCUGUUGAUGGUGAGACCGAUGCUCUCGUGCAAGCCACUGUGAGGGAACAAUUCGGUGUUAAUGGCAUGCGAGCUACAGUGUUGACUAUAGCGCAUCGCAUUGAUACGGUUAUUGAUGCAGAUAGGGUGUUGGUGCUUGCUCCUGGAGGAAGGGUUGCAGAGUUUGAUACUCCGGCCCAUUUGUUGCGGCAAGGGUUGGAUGAACGCGGCAUGAGAAGGGGAGAAGGGGGGUCAGUGUUUGCCAGUAUGGUCGAAAAUGCUGGGGUUGUGGUAGCAGCUAAGCUUUAUGGGGCAGCCAUGGAGGCCGAGAGUAGGAACAUGCAAAAUCGAGAGUAGCUUGUUACAUUGAUGCCCUAGUUAUUAUGAAUAGGUAUAAGGCCCCUCCAUUGCUUACAUUCAUAGAAAACUUAAAAUAGUCUCACACCCUCCAUGAUCAGCAGAAGCGAUGUUUUUCGGCCUUACUAUACCAACGCGAAUACACUAUUUGUAGCCGU